AUGGCACUACCUUUCCAGUUGGAAAUACUUCCGGGCUUUUUUUUAGCCGAUCAGUUGACACUACAAUCAGGUUUCAUGGCUAAAGAACAAAUAAGAUUGGUUAUUUGUACUUGUCCCUUUGAAGACAUAUUUGAUACAAUUCGUCAUCGCAUCGACUUUACUAAUACUGAUACCGGCCCUGAUAAGGUUUUGAACGAGUUAUUGUUUAUUUUUUUGCAUCCUUACGAUUCACCUGGCUGCUAUGCAGAAAACCUGGAAUACUACCAAUUUUUGCAAUACUACACUUCAAAAUUCAACAGCUUUCUCGAUGAUUUAAGAAUGAAAUUUGAGUGUUCUAUUUCUCUUGCCAAAGCUGAGAAUUUACUGACUUUAAGUGAAUUGAAUAUUGCAAAUCUUCUAAACUCUUUGAAUUUGUUAGAUAAUAAUAUUUUCUUGAAUGUAGAUAAGGAUGACCUUUCAAAUCAUGACCAUAGUUGCGAGAACCAAUCAAAUAUUAACAAACGGUUGAUUAUAUUAAUUAAUUUGUUCAACUUGAUAAAACACACUUACACUGUAUUCGGGACGGUUAUAUUAUCCAAAAAUAUCUCUUUUAAACAUUUAUCUCUCAAAAACAAUCUAAUCAAAGAUGAUAUUCAAUUCUAUGAUUCUUAUUUAUGGUUAUUAGCAUCAACGUGUUAUCUAAUUCAAGCUCUUAAGACUGAUAAGGAAAACUCGAUCUCUUAUCUAACUUUAACAGACUACAUUGUUUCAAGGAAAUUUUCAAUUAUUGAGCUUUCAUGUAAUGAAAUAUAUUUUGACAAAUUUAUUCGUGAAAUUUGUUCAUUUGAAAGGAAUUUCCUUAAUUAUGAAUAUUUUACUUCUACUAAACUUGAACAUAUUAAAAAUAUACAUAAUCGUCACAAAAGAAGAAUUACUUUUAUAAAUAACAAAGCUUUUAGUGGUGAGAACAAAACUGAUUUUUGGAACAACAGCUACAAUAGUGGUGCUAAUAACAAAAAGCAUAAAAUUGAUAAUUUCGAUCUAAUCUUAGAAGAAUCAGUUUCCGAAAAAAAAAACAAAGUUCAAUAA